GUUUGGGUUGGGGGAAAUAUUUCAUUUUGCCAGGUCGCCAUUCCGGCUGAUUAAUUGAUCGUGUAUUAUGUUUUUGUUUUAUUAAUUACUGAUAAAUGGUUACAAUUUUAUUUAUGGGAAAUCAUCAUUAUAUUGAAUGGUGAUCAGAAUGUUAUUAAGGGUGAGAAAUAUUGUUAAAAGUUAAUCCGUUGUGAUCUUGACAAGCGAUAAAUGAUGGUUAAGAAAUGGGGAACAGUUGGCUUGUGUUCCAUUGGAAACUUGAUCAACUCCGCAGAUCGGAUUAUCAUGCCUAUUGCCAUAAUUCAGAUGACUGAUCAAUACAAAUGGAGCCUUUAUUGGCAAGGUUGGAUUCUUAGUUCAUUUGCAUUUGGUUACAUAACUAGUCAGUUAAUUGGUGCCCGAGCAGCUACCCGAUAUGGAAGUAAAAAAGUUUUAGCUUGGGCUGUCUGUCUUUGGUCAAUUUCCACACUUUUAACACCACUAGUUACGCCACAUUUGUACCUUUUAAUUACCUGUAGAAUACUUUUGGGACUUGGGGAAGGAUUAGGACUCCCAACAAUAUUUACAAUUUUUGCUCAAACUGUGCCGGUACACGAGCGAUCUACAGCUUUUGGUUACCUUAUUGGAGCAGGUCAUGUUGGCCAAACAUUAGCUGCUCUUUUAUGUCCUCAUCUAAAUUGGGAACUUUCUUUUUAUCUAUUUGGAAGUCUUGGCAUCGUUUGGUUGUUUGUUUGGAUGGUUGUAUAUAAAGAAGAAAAGUUGAGUCAAGAAGAUGAAUUACCUUUAGUUUAUUCAAAGACGGGAGCCAAACAAGUUCAUUGGGUUCGUUUUCUUUGCCAUUGGUCUUUAUGGGCUAUUUAUAUAGCCCAUUUUGCAAUGAACUGGUCCAAUUACAUUAUAAUGCAAUGGUUACCUACAUAUCUUUCACGAUAUCUCGGUGCUAAUAAAGAAUCAGUCAGUCUAACAGCUGUACCAUAUAUAGUUAAUUCCUUAUUUGGAGUUGUUUCAGGUCAUCUAGCUGAUUGGUUAAUCGCGAGAAAUUGGUCUAUACUUUCUGUUAGACGAAUUAUGACCUUUGUUGGUCUUUUUGGGCCAGGAAUUUUCUUAAUAUGUUUUUGUACAGUUAAUAGUUUAUUAUACGCCGUGAUAUUUGUAUCCAUAUCAAUGGGUCUAUGUGCCUGUAAUUCUGCAGGUCAUCUCUCUAACCAUACUGAAGUUGCUCCAAAUCAUGCAGGAUUAACAUUUGCAAUCUCAAACACCUUAGCCACGAUUCCAGGUAUCCUGUGUGGACCUUUAACAGCUGAGCUCGUUGUACAAUCUCAUGGUCGUUGGUUCCCAGUUUUUAUUCUUGCUGCUGCCAUUAAUUUUGUAGGUGGAAUCAUCUAUGUGAGUCAAAGUACAGCGAAUCCACUCUACCAGUGAAUAGUGAUAAAGAGAACCAAAUUACGAUUGGAAAAAAGCAUCCAAUAAGAGUUAUAAUUUUGAGAAAAAACGAGUCUCAACUGGCACGGAUAUUCACAAGAAUUAAUAGCAUUCUUUUGCUAUUUUAUUGAGUUCAAACACUCUGAAUAGUAAAUAUGACUUGAAACUCGAGUUAUCAUCUAAUUUAUGUAGAACAAAAAAUUAAUUUUAUUCUCAUUUUUACUCAUCUGCCCACCAAAUAUAAAUUUUCAGUCUCCAUUUCAUUAAAUACAAAAUAAGGAGGAAAAACCUAAAAUGAAACUUCAAAAAAGCAAUUUUGCCUAUUGACUAUUUUGGAACUCAUCUACCGUCUUUACCCAAAGAGUUUAAAAGAUAUACAAUAAAUAUAAAAUCUUAUUUUUGCUAAA